AUAAAUAUGUUGGAAGUUUCAUCAUCUUCCAAAACAAAACAAAAAUGAGUUACAUACGAUUUACAAUUUUAAUUUUGGUUUUAUUGCAAUCUAUCCUUCACUCAGAAGCCCAGCUUUAUAUUGGAUUCUAUUCCGGGACAUGUUCAGCAGCUGAGUUCAUUGUUAAAGAGGAGGUCGCUAAAGCCUACUCCCAAGACAGAGGUCUUGCUGCUGGUCUAGUCAGACUCCAUUUUCAUGAUUGUUUUGUCAAGGGUUGUGAUGCAUCCGUUCUCAUAGAUUCGACUCCUUCAAACAAGGCAGAAAAAGAUUCACCAGCAAACAACCCAAGUCUCCAUGGAUUCGAUGUCAUUGAUAAUGCAAAAGCUAGACUUGAAUCACUAUGUCCACGGGUCGUUUCUUGUGCUGAUAUAAUCGCGUUUGCAGCUCGAGACAGUUUUGAGAUAACAGGAGGACAAGGAUAUGAUGUCCCGGCUGGGAGAAGAGAUGGCAGGGUUUCACUAAUAGCAGACACAAAGGCAUUACCACCUGCAACUGCUAAUCUCAACCAACUCACUCAGAUGUUCUCGACCCAUGGGUUGACCCAAGAAGAAAUGGUUACAUUAUCUGGUGCACACACUAUCGGUCGAUCACAUUGUACUUCAUUCGCUAGUAGAUUGUACAACUUCAGUCAAUCGGUCAACCAGGACCCGGGUUUGAACACAUUGUAUGCUAGCAAACUAAAGCAAGAAUGUCCAAAGGGAAAUAGCAAUGCGAAUUUGGUAGUACCAAUGAACCCUAAUUCACCAACCAUAAGUGACACGGGAUACUAUGUUGAUGUUUUGAAUAAAAGGGGUUUGUUUACAUCAGAUCAAUCUCUACUCACAAGCAUAAAUACAGCAAAACAAGUACAUCAGAAUGCCAUGAACCCGGUUCUUUGGAAGAGUGAGUUUGCAAAAGCAAUGGUGAAGAUGGGUGGGAUUGGUGUUAUGACAGGUCAUCAAGGAGAAAUUCGAUCAAAUUGUCGAGUUAUCAAUAAGUAAUGAAGCCAAAAAUGCCAAUUAAGCUCAAUUUCAAUGUGCUAAUAUGUAAAUUAGUUUGAAAAAUCUCCUUUUCCUAUACUAAUAAAAGAGUAAUUUUAUGUGUCA